AUGGUCAAGCCGCUGACCUUCAAAGGCGACAAGAAAGCGAAGAAGAGAAAGCGCGAGAGGGACGGUGACAAGGCCGGCAAUGACGACGACGGCACGAGGGGGACGAAGCAGCUGCAGAAAAAGACGGACGAUGGCGACGAGGCGAGCGACGACAGCUGGGUCUCUGCCGACGUGGCCCUCGACGUGGUAGGGCCCGUCAUGAUCGUGCUGCCGACGGACAAGCCCUCGGCGCUGGCAUGCGACGCGAGCGGAAAGGUCUUUGCCAUGGCCAUCGAGAACACGGUCGAGGGGAACCCGACGACGGCCGAACCGCACGACGUACGGCAGGUCUGGGUGGCGCACAAGAUAUCCGGGACGGACCACCAUCGGUUCAAGGGGCAUCAUGGACGGUACGUCGUCGGCCACCUCACCCUCGCCCCAGCCGGUACCGAGGCGGGCAGGACCGACAGCAGCUCGAUGACUGACUUGGCUUGCCCACACCGCAGGUACCUCUCAUGUGACAAGAUUGGCAUACUCUCGGCCACGUCGGAAGCCGUCUCGCCGCUCGAGUGCUUUUCCGUCAUCGCCACGGCCGACACACCCGGGACGUUCCAGCUGCAGACGCUGCGCGACACGCUGCUGGCCAUCAAGCCGUCGACGUCGUCCAAGGCCAACGCGCCGCCGGCCGAGGUGCGUGGCGACGCCGACACCAUCAGCUUCAACACGACGCUGCGCAUCCGCAUGCAGGCGCGCUUCAAGCCCAAGCUCAAAGCAUCCAAGGAAGAGAAGUCGCUGGCCAAGAUCAGCCGUCGCGAGCUCGAGGACGCCGCCGGACGAAGGUUGAACGAGGACGAGGUCAAGGUGCUCAAGAGGGCGCGUCGGGAGGGAGACUAUCACGAGAAGCUUCUGGACAUCAAGGUCAAGGGCAAGCACGACAAGUUUGCGUGA